AUGAGAUUAUUCACGGUGUUGCAAUUACAUCCUGUCCGUUAACAAACCAUUUAAUUCCUUGAUACUUUCCUCUUUAAGAAGCUAUAUAAAUCUUGUCUCCAAUAAAAAAUCGUUCAGUUUCACCAAGAAAACGAUUUAAACGACCCAAAAAAUAAUUUGAAAUAAUGUUUUUCACGAUUAUCUCGUUCAUUUUAAUUACAAGUGUGAACCCACAAAGGUACACUCACCCCUUUUUUCAAAAUCACCCUAAUUACGAAGUUAAUGAAGGCCCAAAAAGCAUCUUUCAAUCUGGGGAUAAUUUGCGAUUCGGACUAAACCCAAAAUUGGGGGAUCCAAAUGGAUUUUUAAACGGGAAUCAUUUUAAAUCAAUAUUUGAAGAUUUCAACCAAAAUAAUUUUUUCAACCCCAAAUUAACACCUUUCGGGGGAUUAAACAAUUUCCCAAGUCAUUUUCAUAAUCGUCAUCAACAGCCGUUAAUUUAUAAAGAAAAAGGAUUCGAUGAAAAUAAGAAAUUGGCCGAUUCUUCCUUUAAACGCGAACAAGGUCAACAAGGAGUCGAAGGCGAAGCUGGAAUUAAGAAAGUAAACGAAGACGUCGAAAGCAAAAAAGAAGCCGAGAAAAAUUCUGCCGCUUUUGCAGCCCAAGAAGGAGUUAAGAAGGUGGUGGAGGAUUCCAAAGAAUAUGAUGGGAAAAAGAUGCAUGAAAAAGAAGGUUCGAAUGAAAAUGAAGAAAAAAAUAAAUCCUCCCAUAAAAAAGGUCACGUAAUUAAACAUUUUAAGAAUUCUCAUCAUAAAGAUGAAACGGGCCGAGAUGAACAAUAUUAUGAUGAAGAGCACGACGAAGGCGGUAGUUUUAAAUACGAUUCGAGUAAAGGCAAAUUCGGCGAGAACGAGUCGUCUCAACAUAAAGAACUGCAAGAAAACAAAGAGUUGGCGAGCAGCGAAAAAGAGCAAAAAGCCGGUCACGAAAACUCGGAGUUUUCCGGUCGAAAUUCAGGACAUUCCGAACAAUUUAAAGAGGAGAAGAAAUUGUCGGAUGCCGCCGAACACGGAAACGGUAAUUUGCAUAAUGAGGAGUCGAUUUUAAACCAUCAAGAAGCCGAAAAAGUUUUGUUAAAACAACCGUUGCACGAUGGGUUCGAUAAAGACACAUAAA